AUGAAGUCGACCUCCUUGCUCGCAGCCUCCGUGCUGUUGGGCUGUGCCUCCGCCGAGGUUCACAAGCUGAAGCUCAACAAGGUCCCUAUGGAGGAGCAGCUGUUGACGCACAACAUUGACGCCCAUGUCCGCGCUCUGGGCCAGAAGUACAUGGGCAUUCGCCCCAAUGUUCACCAGGAGCUGGUUGAGCAGAACCCCAUCAAUGACAUGGCUCGUCACGAUGUCCUGGUGGACAACUUCCUGAACGCACAAUAUUUCUCUGAGAUCGAGCUGGGAACUCCCCCGCAGACGUUCAAGGUCGUCCUGGACACUGGCAGCUCGAACCUGUGGGUUCCGUCCUCCUCAUGUGGCUCGAUCGCCUGCUACCUCCACCAGAAGUACGACUCCUCUUCCUCGAGCACGUACCAGAAGAACGGCAGCGAGUUCGCUAUUAGAUACGGCUCUGGCAGCCUCAGCGGAUUUAUCUCCCAAGACACGCUCAAGAUUGGCGACCUGAAGAUCCCUGACCAGGACUUCGCCGAGGCGACCCAAGAGCCUGGCCUCGCCUUUGCCUUCGGUCGGUUCGACGGCAUCCUCGGCCUGGGCUACGACACCAUCUCCGUGAACAAGAUUGUUCCUCCCUUCUACAACAUGAUCAACCAGGGACUCCUUGACGAGCCUGUCUUCGCCUUCUACCUGGGGGAUGCGAACACGGAGGGUGACUCAUCCGUGGCUACCUUUGGUGGCAUCGACAAGUCUCACUACACCGGUGAGCUGAUCAAGAUCCCCCUCCGCCGCAAGGCCUACUGGGAGGUCGACCUUGACUCCAUUGCUCUCGGUGACGAUGUUGCUGAGCUCGACAACACUGGUGUCAUUCUGGACACCGGCACUUCUCUGAUUGCCCUGCCUGCCGACCUUGCUGAGAUGAUCAACGCCCAGAUUGGUGCCAAGAAGAGCUGGAGCGGCCAGUACACCAUUGACUGCGAGAAGCGCUCGUCCCUACCCGACGUGACUUUCACCCUCAGCGGCCACCCGUUCACGAUCUCCGCUUUCGACUACACCUUGGAGGUUCAGGGAUCCUGUGUCAGUGCUUUCAUGGGCAUGGACUUCCCCGAGCCCGUGGGCCCCCUGGCCAUCCUGGGUGAUGCGUUCCUGAGGAGGUACUACAGCGUGUAUGACCUCGGCAACAGCGCCGUUGGUCUGGCCAAGGCUAAGUAAAUGAUGGAUCGGUAAUUAUUUCUGUUCCCUGAGGGGAUGGCACCGCGUACAUGACCCUUCCCCGCAGCGGUCAUUGUUAUUUGGGGCUCGGGAGAUCUGUCGAGCUUGACGGCUUUGAUCUAGUCUUCGCAGACGAACAUGGCGUAAUCUGUUACGGAUGGUUUCCCCUGUUGCCAGCGCUUGCCGGGUAGGCUCUAGGGAUCUCCAAUGAAUGCCCAUAAUAUUGCUUGAUUUACUUCCAUGCUGUGAUCUUGAUUGAUGAUGCGGAUGAUGCGGAUGAUGCGGAUGAUGCGAUACAAGUAAACCUAGACACCAGGGAAUGAUAGCUUCGCGUUGGGGAGUUUGUUUUGAUGGCAAUGCAUGAUAUAGUUCCGAGAGGAUGAGGAUU